AUGUCUGACAAGCUCAAGUACAAGUAUACUUUGUUUAGCUACUUUCGUAGCUCCUGUUCCGCCCGAGUUCGGAUUGCCGCUCACCUGAAAGGUAUUCCGCUGGAGUACAAAUACAUCCAUUUGGUGAAAGGGGAGCAGCAUAGCACGGAGUACCACGCCCUGAACCCGAGCGACUCGGUGCCUACUCUGGUCGUCAGUGAUCGACAAACAGGCAAGGAGAUUACCAGGAUCAGACAAUCCGUCGCAAUCUUGGAAUUCCUCGAAGAAGUCGAAGAAGGGAAUGGAGUGAAGCUGCUGCCGGCCAUGGACAACCCCCCAGGCAGAGCGAGGGUAAGGGAGCUGGUGAAUAUCGUAGCAAGCGAUAUCCAACCAGUCACGAACCUGCGAGUCCUGAAUUACAUCAAACCGCUCAACAUAGAGGCACAAAAGUGGCAGCAGCAUUUUAUGUGCUUAGGGUUUCGCGCGUAUGAGGAACUUGUCAAGGUUCACGGCGGAAAGUACAGCGUUGGGGCUUCAGUGACCAUGGCAGACUGCGCUCUUGCACCGGCGAUCGAUGGAGCGUUGAGGUUCGGGGUCGACGUACAGGGAGAGUUCCCUCGCGUUUGGCAGGUGUGGGAGGAGAUCGGACAGCUGGAUGCAUUCAUCAAAGGAAGAUGGAACAACCAGCAAGACACACCGGAGGACCUGAGGGCCUGA